AAAAGAAAGCUCGCAGUCGAGGGAGGGCGCAGGGAAGGUAUGCGCGCGGAUGAGUGAGUCGCCUCGGAGAGAGAGAGAGAGAGCUUCACGAAAGCGAGAGAGAGAGAGAGAGAGAGAGAGAGGAAGAAUCCGUGAGAGCGGAGCGCAAUCAAUCAAUUAGUCAAUCCCCGCGUCGUCUGUCUGUCGAAGCAUCCCUCGAGGAGGUCGUUUCCUGUGAUUGUGGCAGUAAUUCUCAUCUACAGGCUUCUCUCGCGCUUGGCUCGCCGGCUAGCUCAUCAUCUUCGGGUUCAUCUGUCGACGGAACGUACGUCUUGCUUGCUUGUGUUGGCGUGGCUUGGUGGAUGGGGAAUUGAGAUUGUUGGUGCUUGUUGUCAAUUGUGCAUAGGUCUGGCGUGUUCGUGGGUCGUUCGAGGGAGGGAGGGAGGGAGGGAGCACGGGGGGAGAGAGAGAGCGAGAGGUUGUGCGGUGUGUGAGCGGGCGGUGUUGAUCUCUCUGGCUUCCUCUCUCCCUGCCCCUCUCUCGUAGGUUUGCUCUUUCUCUUGGUCUCGGUAAGGGUCAAUCGGGGACGAGGGUUUUUGAAGCUGGGGCUCGUCGGGCGGGGAAAUCUCUGAGAAUUGCGAUUUAGACCGGGAGGAGGCCUGGGUCGGGGAAGGGUUAUAGAUCUGCUUCUUGGAAGGCGAAGGCCGGAGGGGCAGGCAGAUAGAGGCAAGAUGACGGAUGCGAGCAGCGACAGCGACGAGAGCGCCGGAAGAGCGCAAGAAUGGGAAGUGGUGUCCAUGUCGACUCUCUCCAUGUCAGGAUCGGCGAGCAAUUGUGCCUGCGAGUCCUGCACUUCGGCCAUGCCGGAUGGGGGCAGUGGAUCGACUGUAGUCAACGGGCCGAAUGCCACAACUCUGCUUUCCAAUCACUUUGGAUCGGCGCGAAGCAUUCCCAUGCUGGAUGAAUUUCUGGGCAGUGAACUUGAGAGUAGAACCGGUGUCGAAGAAGACCGAAACGAUGUUCAUGCAGAAUUAGAGGGUGAUAGUGGAAAGAGACCUGUAGGCCUGGAGACGGAGAUACAGAUGGGAAUAGAGACGGAGGAGGAGCCCCAGAAAGACGUGGAAGAAAAGCAGGACGAGGUUCCCGGUUCUGAGAAUUUCAACUUGCCAGAAAUGGAUUGGAUUGAGCCCUUGCCUCCGAAGAAUCAUAACUUGCUCCGGGACGAAGGCGAUGCAACUAGCAGCACUUACAACGACAUGUACGAUAUCGCAUGUGAGAAGAAGUCGGAAUUGGGAUGCAGGGAGGCUGCCGGCCCGCUGUUUGGAUCCUGCAUGUCUGCACCGUCUGCUGCUGCAAUCGUGAGCUCUGUCGCAGCAUUCCGUGCGGGCUUGGGCGAGGACCUAAUGCAGAGUCCAAUUGAGGGAGACGAAAGCGUGAUGUCCGCCAAUUGUGUGGUCGAAGAAGAAUUAGCUGGGUUGGAGAGAGAAGUUCUUGGCUCUGAUUCAGGGUUCAGUAGCUUUCACGAGUCCCCGGUCGUGGCCAAGAAAUUGGAACUGGAUGAUAGACAGGGCUCGCAGGAACGAUUGUUGGGAGAAGGUGCCGAGGACCACGCCUGUGAGGCCUGGUGGAAGCGCAGUGCCGCCCUAUGGUGUGUACAGACACGGCAGGCGAAUACCUUGUGGUCCCUUGCGCUGGCCGCGGCCGUGAUGGGCCUGGUGAUUCUGGGCCAGCGAUGGCAGCACGAACGAUGCGAGAAUAACCAUCUGCGAUUGCAGCUCUGCUCGAAAGAUGAGAAAAUAAGCCAACUCAUAUUUCAAGUUGCUCGUCUUAAGGAUGCGUUGUCAGGACGUCGACGGGUGCCUGUUCUGCGCACUAGCUCCUCCUACAGCGGUUUCCGCGAGCGGUUUUGAAAACUUUUCUGCUAAUGUCAAAGUUUGAGGCUCAUCUGUGAUCGUAUCUAUCUCAAGUGUAUGUCCAUAGAGUACCUGCAGCGUAGUGUAUAUGAACGAUUGUAUCUAGCUCGCUGGUUGGUACGUGUGUAAAUCCAUGACAAAGUUGCAGAGAGUAGUGUACUACAUACACCGGAUUUAGCAGCAGAUGGGUAAGGAGAUAAUGAUCGAGAAAGUAGCUGCUCUAGUUGUUUCCAAGGUCGUCUUGUGGAGUAUUGUCACGUGUUGGAUUUGCGAGAACAAAGGUAGACAAGUGUACUAUGUAGUGUAGUAUAAGCACCAACACAAUUGCUUGUUCUAGGGGAAAGUAUCGUCUCGGGUGGUUACUUAUGAUGCCCAAAAGACGUGUUAAUCAGCAGAAAAUAAACUACUGUGCCCUGCUUCUGAGAUGUCACCCCUACUAAAUGAUUGUAUAUCUGAACGUCUGCAGACGUUAAUAGCAUUUUGUACACUUGUUCGUUUCCCCUUUAGCUAGACAUUAGACAGACAGAUGGUUUCUUCUGUCGAACCUGUUCGAUUUUCUUGUGUAUUGCAUUGAGGUACUGAUGCCACUACGGUUCUCAGCAACUGCAAAGAAAUAUAAUCUU